GAGAGCAAAGACCCGAGCAAGUGUCGACUGUCGGUAUACUGCAUAUUCGUUUCACUUUCAAAGUGUCAAAAGUGUGAAGAUUACCUUUUUUUUUUUAAGUUUAGUCCGCCUUAAAAGAUUCCAUAUUUAUAAAAACCAAUCUUUACUCUUAAUAUUUUAAGCGUCCAACAUCACGUCACAUAAUGUGGAGUUGAGUUGAGCUCAGUAGUGGUUUAAGUUGGAUACAUGUAUUGAUCGAAGAUCUUGUAAGAAUAUUUCUUAAUCUAAUUAAUUAUAACGAUGGAAAUCUCAUUUAAAGGAAAACGUAUACUUGUUACCGGUGCUGGACAAGGUAUAGGCAGAGGUAUUGCUAUCGAACUGUGGAGAGCUGGAGCCAACAUAGUUGCAUUAUCCAGAACAAGAAGUCACUUAGAAAGUUUACAAAGUGAAUAUCCGUCUAUAGACAUUGUGGAUGUAGAUAUUGCUGAUUGGGAUACAACCAGAGAAGUGAUUGAAUCAUUAGGACAUUUUGAUGCAUUAGUGAACAAUGCUGCUGUUGCCAUUUGUGAACCCUUCUUAACCUGUUCUUCUGCUGACUAUAAUAAGAUAUUUGAUGUCAAUGUAAAGGCUGUGUUAAAUGUAAGCCAAGUAAUUGCUAGAAAAAUGGUGGAAAACAAGAUUGCUGGUACUAUAGUAAACAUAUCUUCGCAGGCCUCAAAGGCUGCUUUAAAAGAUCAUGCCCUUUAUAGUGCUUCAAAAGCUGCCUUAGAUGCCCUUACUCGUGCAAUGGCCUUAGAAUUGGGUCCUUAUGGAAUUAGAGUUAAUUCUGUUAAUCCAACUGUGAUUAUGACUGCCAUGGCCAAAGUAGGUUGGUCUGAUCCUGUAAAGAGUUCUGAAAUGCUGGCAAAAAUACCACUUGGAAGAUUUGGUGAAGUAUCUGAAGUGGUCAAUGCAGUUGUUUUUCUACUGAGUGAAAAAUCAAGCAUGAUAAAUGGUGUAGAAUUGCCUAUUGAUGGUGGCUUUCUUGCAACAUAAUUUUUAGUAUCUAAGAACCAAAGAUAUGGGACUCGAAAUGUUCCUUUAAACAUUUUUUAUUCAUUAUUUUUGUCUUGUAUAUUUAUGUGAGAUCUGUUAAUUACCUUUUAUUGUUAAUAGUUACGUAAGUACCAAAGAAAGUUAUAUUGGUCUUGAUUUUUUCAUUGAAAAAAAAAAUACAUUCAAGGAAUAAUCAAUAACAUGCAUUUAUUGCCAUUAAUACUUAGUGCCUUUAACUAACAAUUUUUGUAUGCAAUGUUUUUCAAGAUACUUGAUAUUAUUAUUUUAAGAAAUUUUCAUUUAACUAAUUUCAUAUAAAAUAAAUAAUUACAAUUUCAUAAUUGUCAUUAUUGUUAAUACUGCAAUAAGGAAUGUAGUAGAUCUGCAUGCUCCCAUGUAAAGCAAAAGCUGCGAUAUUCACAGAGAAUUAGAAAAAAAGGCAGAAGGAAGAACAAUUUGUGAUGGGUCUGACCUAGUAUCUAUGCGCUAUAUAUAAAAACUAAAGCUUUGGUGACUCCGUUUUGUUUGGUCCUUCUAUAUAAUAAAAUCUAGAAACUUUAAGGACACAAUUAUUUUUAUUGAAUUUAUUUUAAAAACUAUUGGGUAUAUACGAAUGUUUUAUUUUAAUUUUUUUUUUGAUAACAUUAAAAUAAAAAGCCAUGAUAUGUUAAAAUAUUUUGUUUAAAAAAAAUACAAUUUGUUUACAAA